AUGGUCAACAUCACGGAAAAGAUCAAGGAGAUCGAGGCCGAAAUGGCCAGGACGCAGAAAUAUCACUUGGGUCUUCUCAAGGGAAAGCUUGCUCGUCUGAGAGCGCAACUGCUAGAGCCUGCCCCAGGUGCUGGCGGCCCUGGUGGAGAAGGAUUUGAUGUCAGUAAAAGUGGUGAUGCUCGUAUUGCGCUCGUCGGUUUCCCCUCGGUCGGCAAAUCAACAUUCAUGGGAAAGAUCACAAAAACAAAGUCCGAGGUUGCAGCAUAUGCUUUCACCACACUUACCGCUAUCCCUGGUGUGCUCGAGUACGGAGGUGCUGAAGUUCAGAUUCUCGAUUUGCCAGGUAUCAUCGAAGGUGCUGCAGAAGGCAAAGGUCGUGGACGACAAGUCAUUAGUGCUGCUAAGACUAGCGACAUGAUUUUGAUGGUCUUGGAUGCAACGAAGAGAGCUGAGCAAAGAGCUCUGCUAGAGGCUGAACUAGAGGCUGUCGGCAUCAGAUUGAACAAAGAACCCCCGAAUAUCUACCUGAAGCCCAAAAAAGCUGGUGGCAUGAAAAUUACCUUCCAAACGCCUCCCAAGAACGGCCUCGACGAGAAGAUGCUGUACAACAUCCUCCGCGAUUACAAGAUCUUGAAUUGCGAAGUGCUUGUUCGUGAUGAGAAUGUCACUGUCGAUGACUUUAUCGAUGUGAUCAUGAAGGACCAUCGUACAUAUAUCAGAUGCCUCUACGUUUACAACAAGGUUGAUGCCAUCGGUCUCGAACACAUGGACAUGCUAGCAAGAGAACCCAAUACUGUCAUCAUGAGUUGCGAGCUUGAUCUCGGCGUCAGGGACGUAGUAGAUCGAUGCUGGGAAGAACUUCGCUUGAUUCGUGUCUACACCAAGAGAAAGGGUAUCGACCCAGACUUUAGCGAGGCACUUAUUGUUCGUGGCAAUUCGACAAUCGAAGAUGUUUGCGAUGCCAUCCAUCGCAGUCUCAAGGAUAGCUUCAAGUAUGCGUUGGUUUGGGGCGCCUCUGCCAAGCACAUACCCCAAAGGGUUGGUCUGGGUCACGUUGUCUCUGACGAGGAUGUGGUGUCGAUUGUUGGUACAAAAUCUGGUCUUGCAGCAAAGUAG